AUGGACGACGACACCGAAAUAUGCACUGUCCUGAACACCACUUUGACCCUUGAUGGUGAGUCCGACUCUGACAUCGGUGUUUCCACAAGCUUUGCGAUUUCCCCCAUCAUCACCAUUCUCGUUGGCAGAAAAAAAUGCAAAUACACAGCCCACAAAAUCCUACUGCAAUUGCGCUCUCCGUUUUUUGCGCGAUGCCUAGCUGUCGGAAUGAAAGAGGCUCUAACAAGCAUGGUAGAAUUGCCCGAGGACCAUGUCCAAGCUUUUGAUCUCUUCAUCACCUGGAUCUACCACGGUAAGGUCCGUUCCAUUGAGAAAGAGAAAGACGACGAUACAAAACAUGGUUCCAAGCAGCUCCUUCCAUUGGUGCAGGCCUGGGUCCUUGCAGACAAAUUCGACAUGGAGGUCUGGCAAAACAAAGUCAUUGACGCUUUGGCAAAGUGGUGGAAUGAAGUACCCGUAUACCCAGCCACCAUCAAUUGGGUGGUCAGCAAUGUCGAUGAGGCAAGCAUGCUCUUCAAGAUGGUGAUGGAUCAGUUCGCAUGGGACCUGUCAGACGCCCGUUACAGGGUGCUUGUGGGCGGAACGCGGGCUGCUGAAGGAAUGAAGGAGCUACUCGCCACUGGAAGAUUCCCUGAACAAGUACUCUGGUACGCCAUUGAGACAGAUCAAGACGAAGUCGAUCGGCCAGUGAAGUUUCCAUGCAAAUAUCAUCUGCAUCAUCGCUCAGUCAAGUGCCAACCGCCACAGAAGAAGUGA